CCCGCUUCAUUCACUCACAGAGCUCUCUCUUUCUCCCGAAUUCUCCGCUGCUACUGUAUGCAAAGCUUCCUCCACCGCGCGCUCUCUCUCUAAAGCUCUACUUCUCUCUCAUCCAAUUUCUUCAAAGAACCAGAUCAGAGCGAUUCGACGGAGUUCGUCUACUGUGCUUGAGCUUGGAAUCGCGCAUUCAAGAAACUCGAAGCUCGGAUCUCGAUUGAACUUCCUCUCUGAAGAAGAUCCAUAAGCCAUAUCAAACUGCCGCGAAGGAUCUUGCUUAUAAUAUUUGACUGUUCGUGAGUGGUCCAAGGUCCAAACACUGCUCGUUUAAGUUGUCAGUGCCAUUCAAACCUUAAGGACAGUGGUCCUUGGUAAUGUAGAAAGUUGAAGGAACAGAUGGAAGGGAACAACAGAGGAGAUUUUCUAGGAAAUGUAGUAAAACAGUCUUCUUUAAGGUCAAGUGGCAGUUUUAAGUCAGCAUUGUCUGGAAAAUCAACGCCUAGAGGUUCCCCUUCAUUUAGGAGAUUACAUUCAAGUCGAACACCAAGAAGAGAAGCUAGAAGUUCUGGAUAUGGUUUGCAUUGGAUUCGAAGUAAUAAAGUCUUGUUUUGGCUAUUGUUGAUUACUCUGUGGGCUUAUCUUGGGUUUUAUGUUCAGUCAAGGUGGGCUCACGGUGAAAAUAAGGAAGACUUUUUGGGAUUUGGCAGUCAACAAAGUAAUCAGAAGUUAGACUCUGAACAGAAUCAGUCUCAAAAUCUGGUUGCUACAAACCAUUUAGUUGUUGAAAAUAGACCCGGAGAGAAUAAUGGGAGUGAUGGAGGCAUGGUCAAUGUGGUUUUAGCUAGAAAGGGGAAUGGUGUUUCUGCUUCUAAAAAAACAAAAUCAAGGAAGAGAAAUAAGAAAUCAAAGCGUGGUAAAGUGCGUGGUAGGGGGAAAAUGACUGCAGAAGUCACAAGUCAUGACAUAGAGGAGCAGGAGCCAGAAAUUCCUUUGAAAAAUUCUUCUUAUGGAUUGCUCGUUGGCCCAUUUGGUUCAACAGAGGAUAGAAUUUUGGAGUGGAGUCCUGAGAAGCGUUCUGGCACUUGUGAUAGGAAAGGGGAUUUUGCACGUCUUGUCUGGUCUAGAAGAUUUGUGUUGAUAUUUCAUGAGCUGUCAAUGACUGGAGCUCCUAUUUCAAUGAUGGAGUUGGCAACGGAGCUCUUGAGUUGUGGGGCCUCAGUUUCUGCUGUAGCUCUUAGCAAGAAGGGUGGAUUAAUGUCAGAGCUUUCAAGACGAAGGAUCAAAGUGCUUGAUGACAAAGCUGACCUCAGCUUUAAAACAGCCAUGAAGUCGGAUCUUGUGAUUGCUGGAUCUGCAGUGUGUGCAUCAUGGAUUGAUAGCUAUAUUGAGCAUUUUCCAGCUGGUGCAAGUCAAGUUGCUUGGUGGAUCAUGGAAAAUCGUAGAGAGUACUUUAAUCGGUCUAAAGUUGUCCUUGACAGAGUCAAAAUGCUAAUUUUCAUAUCAGAGUUACAAUCAAAGCAGUGGUUGAAUUGGUGUCAAGAUGAAAAUAUAAAACUGAGAUCUCAACCUGCAAUUGUACCACUCUCUGUUAAUGAUGAACUAGCUUUUACCGCUGGCAUUCCAUGUUCUCUCAAUACUGAGUCUUCCAGCUCUGAGAAGAUGGCUGAAAGGAAACAGUUAUUACGUAGUACAGUUCGAAAGGAGAUGGGAGUUGCCGAUAGCGAUGUAGUAGUAAUGACCCUAAGCAGCAUAAAUCCUGGAAAGGGCCAUUUCUUGCUUCUUGAAUCAACUAACUUGUUGAUCGACCCUGGAUCAAAGCAAGAUAAUUCUAAGAUUAUGAAUCCAGAUGAUACAAGUCCAGUGCGAUCCAACUUGGUCAGAAGGCGUUACAUGAGAGCUUUGCUUCAAAAGUUGAGUGAUAAUGGAUUAUCCUUGAAAGAACUGCCUAUAUUUAACGAGACAUUUAAUAGGUUGAAUGUGUCGAGAAAAAAUAGCAUUCAAAACCUUUAUCCACAUAGCCCUGUGAAUGAAAUGGCCAGUGCAACGGGAAGGAGACUGCUGGUUGAUAGUGUAGGAAGGCAGGAAAUGCCUUUCAAACUUGUAAUCGGGUCUGUUGGAUCCAAAAGCAACAAGGUGAUUUAUGUCAAAAGACUUCUAAGGUUUUUGGCACAACAUUCAAACUUGUCAAAGUCAGUGCUGUGGACUCCAGCAACUACUCGUGUUGCCUCACUUUACUCUGCUGCAGACAUUUACGUUAUAAAUUCCCAGGGACUAGGUGAAACAUUUGGAAGAGUAACUAUUGAAGCAAUGGCAUUUGGUCUACCGGUACUCGGAACCGAUGCUGGAGGAACAAAGGAGAUUGUUGAGCACAAUGUGACAGGUCUUCUUCAUCCUUUGGGGCAUCCAGGCACUCAAGUCCUUGCCCAGAACUUGCAGUUUCUGCUAAAAAACCCACAGGUAAGGGAGCAAAUGGGCGCUGAAGGAAGAAAGAAGGUAGRGAGCUUCUAGAAGGGAAGUAUGGAAGAAAAUGGGGGAAGCUAGUGAGUGAGUUGAAAUUGGAAAGGCUGACCGAAGUAAAUCGGUUCGGUUCGUUUUUUCAUUCUGUUCGGUUUCCUUACACUCCUAGUAAAUGUAGCCACCAACCCAAAUUUCCCUCCUAUUAUUUACCAUCUAUUUCUUCUUUCUGAUCUGUUGAUAGCAAAUAAUUAGGCCCAUGUGGAGAGUGGCAUAACACCCCUGUUGAUGGGCUUGUUCAUGGAGGGAAAUUGUGUGUGGACUCGAUCAUUUUUAGGUAUGGCGAAGGAGUUUCUGUUUCUCUCA